AUUCCUGCUAAAGCUUCGCCUAGUCACCACCGCGCCCGCGCACGGCUCUCGUCCCUGUCGCGACUGCCUGAGCUUCACCUUGUCCUCAUCCUCGACACCUUCUCCCCCUUUAAAAUCCCAAGCAUCUCUCCAUCAAGCCUCACCCACCACUACACCCACAGAGCAGAGAGCAGCUAGCUAUCUAUCCAUCGUGUGAUCGAUCAUCCAUCGUCCCGCACACUGCACACACAAGACAGCGCGGCAGAGGAGGAGAUGGUGAAGAUUCCUAGCCCGAGGAGGCUGUUCAGGAGCCGGUCCAAGAGCACGGUGGGCGGCAUCGGCGGGGUGGACAUGUGCGCCAUGGUGGCCGAGCACGAGAGGAUCGAGUGGGAGGUGCGGCCCGGCGGGAUGCUUGUGCAGAAGCGCCGGGCGCCGGACGACGACGACGUGGUCGAGGCCAUCCUGGUGCGGGUGUCCGCCGGCUGCGGCGGGUGGCAGCACGACGUGUCCAUCGACGCCACCGCCACCUUCGGCGACCUCAAGGUGCUGCUGUCGCUGGCCACCGGGUUGUGGCCCAGGGAGCAGCGGCUGCUGUACCGGGGCCGGGAGCGAGACGACGGUGACCACCUGCACAUGGCCGGCGUCCAGGACAAGGACAAGGUGCUGCUCCUGGAGGACCCUGCCAUGACCGAGAGGAAGCUCCGGUCCACCACCCUCGCGCAGCUCAUGGGGGUGCCCUGCCACUCCUUCAUCCAAGUCUAAGAAAAGAAACACAUCCUCCUGAUCGAUCGAUUUUUCUUUCUUUCUCGCCGGCUGCUCUUGCUUGGGCGAAGAUCGAUCGGUUUCCUUCUUUCUUCAGAGUUUUAUUGGUUUUAACUUUUAACACAGAGCCUGGAUUCGGCCGGUUAAAUCGAAACAUCUGCAUCGUUAUUAGGACACACUUUCGUACAGUACAGCACAUAUUGUAAAUUAUUAUUUUAUAAUAUGUAUAAGGAGACAAUGACA